GGAGAGUGGCAGGGCAUGGCAGAUUCUUGCCGGAACCUCACCUACGUGCGAGACUCGGUAGGACCUGCCACCAGCACCCUGAUGUUCGUGGCCGGAGUGGUGGGCAACGGGCUGGCACUGGGCAUCCUGGGUGCGAGACGGAAGUCACACCCAUCGGCCUUUGCAGUGCUGGUCACUGGGCUGGCCGUGACAGAUCUGCUGGGCACGUGCUUCUUGAGCCCCGCGGUGUUCGUGGCCUACGCUCGGAACAGCUCCCUGCUGGGCCUGGCCCACGGUGGGUCAGCGCUGUGCGACACUUUUGCCUUUGCCAUGACUUUCUUCGGCCUGGCCUCCACGCUCAUCCUCUUUGCCAUGGCUGUGGAGCGAUGCCUGGCACUCAGUCACCCCUACCUGUACGCCCAGCUGGACGGGCCACGCUGUGCCCGCCUGGCGCUGCCUGCCAUCUACGCUUUCUGUUGCCUCUUCUGCUCACUGCCCCUGAUGGGCCUGGGCGAGCAUCAGCAGUACUGUCCCGGGAGCUGGUGCUUCAUCCGCAUGCGGUCCACCCAGCCCGGUGGCUGUGCCUUCUCCCUGGCUUACGCCAGUCUCGUGGCCCUGCUGGUGACUUCCAUCUUCUUCUGCAACGGCUCCGUCACCCUCAGCCUCUGCCACAUGUACCGCCAGCAGAGACGCCACCACGGCUCAUUGGUGCCGACCUCUCGGGCGCGAGAGGACGAAGUUGACCACCUGAUUCUGCUGGCCCUCAUGACGGGCAUCAUGGCUGUGUGUUCCCUGCCUCUCACGAUCCGAGGCUUCACCCAGGCCAUCGCCCCGGACAGCAGCGAGAUGGGGGACCUCCUCGCCUUCCGCUUCAACGCCUUCAACCCCAUCCUGGACCCCUGGGUCUUCAUCCUUUUCCGGAAGGCUGUCUUCCAGCGCCUCAAGCUUGGGUUAUGUUGCCUGUGUGCCCGUUCCGUCCACGGGGACUUACAGACACCCCUUUCCCGGCCUCCGUCGGAGAGAAGAGACACACUGGCUCCCACUGCUCUCCAGGACAAGGAAGGGAACUGGGUGCCCCUGACAUCCUGGGGCCCUGGGCAGGUGGCACCAUUGACUGCUGAGCCUCUGUCUGGUGGUGAUAGCUGCUCCUCCGUGGGGAAGCCAUCCAAAAGAGACGCCAUGGUGACUUGCUCCCUCUGCUGA